ACCUAAUAAACAAUCUUUUCUUCAGCUUCCUUUUGUUUCUGAUUCUCUGUGCUUCUUUUUUCCUUCUUCAGUAAAAUACUUUUGCUUCUUUAAAGAAAACAAAGAAUGGGGUUGAUACUACAAGAAUCAGAAGAAAGAAACAACGACGACGUAUUACUCGAACCACCGCCGAAUUUCUCAGCAGUAGAAGCUGGCGUUAUUUUCCGAUCAUCUUUUCCACAGCCUUCCAAUUUCUCCUUCCUUCAAUCUCUCAACCUCCGUUCAGUCAUCUACUUAUGCUCCGAGCCCUAUCCACAACACAACACGGAGUUUCUCAACGCUCAUAACAUUCAACUCUUCCAGUUCGGCAUUGCCGGAAAAACGGCUUCUACAUCCAGUAUAAACGACGCCGUCACAGAGGCUCUGAAAAUCCUGCUCGACCCGACGAAUCAUCCGGUUUUGAUUCACUGCAAUCAAGGAAAGCAUCGGACAGGUACGGUCGUCGGUUGCUUUCGGAAGCUGCAAGAUUGGCGGUUGGAUUCUGUGCUUGAUGAGUAUAAGUACUUCGCCGGUGCAAAAUCGAGAGACGGUGACCUGAAGUUCAUUGAGAGGUUUGAUGGUAUGAAGUGUCUUUACAGUAUAAUGUUGCAGUGCCGUGGUUCCGGUUCAAAUAGGAGCCGUUUAAUUUGUGGAGAAGACGACGUACUGAAGAACUCCCUAAUUAGGUCAAGUUAGGAACUAUUUUUUGAUAGAAGUAGUAGUGGUAUAGUCUAGAUUUAUUA